AUGGCCACGGCGGUUGACCAGAAACUGCUUCGGCAGACCAAGUUUCCCCCCGAGUUCAACCAAAAGGUUGACAUGAAAAAGGUCAACAUCGAAGUCAUGAAAAAAUGGAUUGCAGGCAAGAUCUCCGAAAUACUUGGGUCUGAGGAUGACGUUGUUAUCGAGCUUUGCUUCAACUUGCUCGAGGGUUCGCGUUUCCCUGACAUCAAAGCGCUCCAAAUUUCGCUCACCGGAUUUCUUGACAAGGAUACCCCCAAGUUCUGCAAAGAGUUGUGGAACUUGUGCCUGAGUGCGCAGUCAAAUCCUCAAGGUGUCCCGAAGGAGCUACUCGAAGCUAAGAAAUCGACGCCGAGAAAGCCGCUUUGGAAGCUAAAAAUAAAAGAGACCAGGAACAAGCUCAGGAGCGAGAGGUCGACUCCAUUCGACAGCGUGAACGGGCAGACCGUGGCCGUGGUCGCCGUGGUGGUGGUGGUCGUGGCGGACGAGGAUACGACAGCCGACCUCCGAGAUACUCAAGAUCCCCUCCGCGUCGCAGAAGAUCUCCGUACAGAGGCCCUCCACCGCGUCGGGAGGCUGACACAUAUGUUCCUGGGAAGCGAGGCAGAGGUGGUCGAGACUCGGGUCGAGGACAAGACGACGGCCACGAAGCCGGACGGCCUCCAGUCCAAGUCGCAGCCCGAGCCCCAAGCGGCGACGAUACCGUCGAGAUCGCUCAUAUUCAUCAUCCCGGUCAAGAUCAAGAUCGCGGGACCGACGGAGGGAUUACAGAAAGGGGGUCGCAAUGCACGCGAUGUCCGUCGUUUGAGCCGCAGCCCCGACGAGUAUAACUCCCGACGAAGAGACAGCCGGAGUCGAAGCAGAAGUCGACGUCUGCACCAUAAACGAAGAAUGUCGCUGCAGAGAUAUGAGCCCGCCGCGCGCAGACGACGCAAUACUUCAUCAGGCGACUCGUCGCCAGAGGCGAAACGUCGGAGGCGUGAUGCAUCUGACGAUGAAGUGAUGCGAGACUCACCCGGUAAGCAAAGUGUGGAAAAGCAUGGCGAAGGUGAUUCCGAUUAA